ACUGAGAAUCUUCAAGUUAUUAACUGCUACUAACUGAUAGUCUCCAACGUACAUGCGCCACUCAAGCUCAAGCCAGUAACUUUCUCCAAACUGUUACUCUUUCCAUCUCGCAGUCUUGCAAGUACACGAAAAAGGAAUAACUUUCUCCUUCUCUCUCCCUUUCACUUCUUUCCAUUCCAGUCCAUCCUCUCAAACAUUAAACAUCUCAAACCCUCUCCCACAAUGUCCCUGCACAACAAAACCGCCAUCAUAACCGGCGGCUCCCGCGGCAUCGGCGCCGGCAUCGCCAUCGAGCUCGCCCGCCUGGGCGCCAACAUCCUCCUCACCUACAUCUCCUCCGCCCAAAAAGCCUCCGAAAUCGUCUCACAAAUCACAUCCAGCGGCGGCGCCGCCAUCGCCGUGCAAGCCGACUGCAUGGACCCGGCCUCGCCGCAGAAAAUCGUCAGCGCCGCCACCGCAGCCUUCGGCGCGCGCAUCGACAUCGUCGUCAACAACGCCGGCGCGGGCGACGAGCUGUACCUCGCCGACUGCACGCUCGAGCACUUCGACAAGGUGUUCUACACCAACGUGCGCUUUCCGAUGUUCUUGGUGAAGGAGUGCUUGCCGUACUUACCCAGGGGGGGCAGGGUGGUUAAUGUGUCGAGUGUGUGCGCGCGGCAAGGGUGGCCUAUGCAGACGGCGUACUCGGCGUCGAAGGCGUGCAUGGAGAGCUUUGCGAAGACGUGGGCGGCGGAGCUGGGGCAUACGUAUGGGAUUACGGUCAAUGCGGUUAAUCCGGGGCCAGUGGCUACGGAUAUGUGGAAUGCUACGCCGGUUGACGCGGUUCCUGGAAUGCAGAACUACAUCGAUAUCACUCCGGCUGCACCAAGGGUUGGUGAAGUUGACGAUGUGGUUCAAGUCGUUGCUUUUCUUUGCGAGGAGAGGUCGAGGUGGGUCACAGGGUCGACGGUUUGCGCGAAUGGGGGGGCGUGUUUCGUGUAGUCUGCAGGUUUUGAAGUGUGUCAAAGCACUCACGAAAGUGUGCACUAGAUAUAUUCUAGAAAGUAUAGACUUGAUUGCGUGA